CUCACCCACCUCGACUCGGCCGCGCGGAUCCCCCGCCUGACACCGCCCCGGGAUUCCGGGGAAACCUGACGGCCGGGUUCCCGGGGACCCACUGCCGGGAGGCGGGGGAAGCUCAGGCCUCCCGGGUUGCUUGGACAUCCUUUAAAGCUUGGAUUUGAGCUGCAGACCAACUCUUUUAUGUCUGCACUCCAAACAAGACAUGUUUUGGUAGUCCAGUACUGUCUAUACAUUUGGCGAAGCCUCUCCUUUACAGAAAGCUGGAAGCAGUGUGGAUAAUGUAUGAAUGGUGCCUAUAUUAUCUUGGAUAGGAGAAUCACCAAUAUACAACAGGAAAAAACAGAAGUGAAGGAUUAUCAGUCUAGAUUAUUGAGUAGGAGUAAACCAAAAAGAGGGAAGGAAGAGAUUACGGACAGAGGAUGUCAGACAACAAAGAAAGGAGGAGUCAAGGAGUUCCUAAAGAAGUUGUAGAUAACCAAGACACAUACUCAUUAGCCGAUGCUGUAGAGCAAGUUGCAAAGCAACAACAAUCACAGGCAUCAGAGAUAGAGAAAAAUAAAAAAGUUCUGUUCAAUUUGCAGAAUGAACUUCAUGAGCUUGAAAAACAAAUAGCAACUAUCUCUGCAGAAACUAAAGAAACGGAAAGACAAAUUUAUCAACAAGAUGCUGCCAUAGAGAAUACCAAACUUCACUGUGAUAGCCUGGAAACUCAAAUCAAAUCGUUACAUUCAGAAAAUGUAGGGCUCAAAUUUGACAUAGAAACAGCCCAAGAAGAUUUUGAGGAACACAUGACAAAAUAUAAUGCAUAUUAUGCUAAAAUAAAAACAUAUAAAAAUAGUUUGGGAGAGGUAGAAAGCAAAUGGUCAUUUAUGACUGAACUCUAUGAAAAACGAAAUUUUGUUAAAAAAUUAAAGAUAAUGAAAGAAGAACUUAUGCAAGAUCUUCAAAAUCCAGGAGGGAACCGAAUAACACAAGUACAGGAAGAGAUUACAAAGUUAAAGGAUAAAAUUAUAACUGUAAAAGAAUCUAUCAUUGAAAAAACUCAUUUUCUUGAGGAAGAAAAAAAAACACAUGAAAAUUUAAGAAAAGAAAUAGAGGUACAACAUAAGAGAUAUGAUGCAAUUCUUAAGCGUUUGCAUUGUCAGGUGAACAAGCUUCAGUCAAAUAGACGACAGUGGCAAUGGAACAUUCAACAACUGGAAAAAACCGCAGCCGAAUUAAGAAAAUGCAUUGGAACGCAAGAACAACAUUGCCAUAGGGCAGUGUGGAACACAGGCGAUGACAGCAAAAAUUAUGGGACAGAACAUUGAGAAAAUCUCCUGGAUUCCUAAUAACAAGCAGCCACUAUCAGUGGCCUGUCUUAAUGACAGAUGUCUUUGGUGGUGGUUGUUUUUUAAAUCAGUCAUCCACUUGUUAAAAUGCCUUCUAGCCCUACACUUGAUAGCAGUUGACAGACAAUAGGAAUGCCUACAGGAGAAUAGUGCAAGAGUCUCUAUGACUAUUUUGAGUGUGUAAAAUGUAUUAUACUCAUGAAUAUCUUUAUAACUAUGUCCAUUCACUACCCUAUGAAGUAAAAAUUUAGAAGGUAAAAAACAUUUGAUUUUCUUCAAUGAUUUAUAUUGUUAAGAUAUUUAAAAAUGUUUGUUUCAAACUUUUUAUUGGAACUUGUUUUUUUACAACUGCCUUUACAGUAGCCCAUAAAUAUUGAUAUUUAUAAUAAUGUUUUUGUAUGUUCAAUGCUUCAAAUAUUUUCUCCAUUUUCUCUUUUAUCUAGAAGGUAACGAUCAUUUUUCUUUGU